CUGUGACUGUGCACUCUGCAGAAGUUCCGAUGACAUCCACCAAAUGUGAUCUACCGUAGAUGUGCGCCGCCAUCACUGCUGCCUCCGCCGCCUCAGUUCUCGAUAGUCGAAUGCUUCAGAGUUUUUUCAAUGCGCAUCUCCACAAGCCUCACAUCAAACAGGAAAAUGAAGGCUGGUGCCCUUGAGCUUGGUGAGGGGUCCAAGACUUCCAUCCCUAGAGGUGGGGUGAACAGAGGGAUCUCUAUACUCGACUUCAUUCUGAGGCUCAUCACCAUCAUUGGCACGUUAGGAAGUGCAAUAGCCAUGGGAACGACUAAUGAGACACUACCCUUCUUCACCCAGUUCACUCAGUUCAGAGCCGAGUAUGAUGAUCUUCCAACAUUCACGUUCUUUGUGAUAGCAAAUUCCAUUGUAAGUGGCUACCUGGUUCUCUCUCUCCCAAUGUCCAUCUUACAUAUAGUGAGGAGUGGUGCAAGAGCCAGCAGAAUAGUCUUGAUAUUCUUUGACACGGCAAUGCUUGCUCUAUUGACGGCUGCAGCUUCUGCAGCAUCAGCCAUUGUCUACUUGGCGCACAAGGGCAAUGCUCAGGCGAACUGGUUUGCCAUCUGCCAACAAUUCAAAUCCUUCUGUGAGCGCAUCUCUGGCUCUUUGAUUGGAUCUUUUGGAGGAAUUAUUUUGUUUAUACUGCUAGUAUUGUUGUCUGCUGUUGCCCUUUCCCGCUGUUGAUGUGGCAUGGCACUAUUGUUGUCAGCUGUCCAUUUCUCGCUGUUGAUAUGGCAGGAUGAUCAUGGCUCCCUAUGAUCAGUGCAUGCAUGUGUGUCUAUUGGUUUGCAUUACUGCAAGAGAGAGGGUGAAUGCGCAUCACUCGUGUAAUCUUUUUUUUCAAGUUUCUUUCUCCUUUACUGUGUAAUGGAAUUUGGAUUUCACUGAAAGUUUACUUCUCUCAAACAGUGUGAACUAGAGAGAUUCUGCAUAUAUGUUUUCCUUUAAACAAGGACUUUAUGAAAGCUAAGAAAUCUAAUUAUUCUUAUUAA